CUAUAAAAAUGUUUCAGAUUAAUAAAUAGCGAGUUAAAAAAACUUUUCACCAGAAUGAACUUAAAUAGAAAAUACGUCAGGAGAUCUGGAAGAAAAUCCAGCUCGGGAAUACAGCAAAGAGAAGUAAGGGAGUCGAGGAUUAUGCUGCGCUUAAUUCACAAAAAGAGUUUGUUGACAUCAUGCUGGCUGAAGCUCGUGUGAACUGGAUGAACCAGCAUCCUGAAGAAGAAGAAAAAUGGUUAAAGGAGCACGAAACUGAGCACGCUACCUGUGGUAUAGACGGGUGUAAAUAUACGGCACAUCAGGAUAUCCUAGAAAAGCAUAUUCUUCACCAGCACCUGUCUGGUCUAUACAACAAGAUACCGCAGGGGAAUUCACCAGAGGAAAUAGAAAAAUGGAAACAGGAACGCAGGAAGAAUUUUCCUACCAGGGCGAAGGUGGAAGCGAAGGAGGAGGAGAGGAAGGAGAUGAGGGAGAGAGGGGAGGUGAUGAGGAUCAAGAGAGAUCCUGAUUGGGAAUGUAAUUGCAAAGCUCGGUUUUUAGUCAGAGACGGACGAGGAGGUCGCGGUGGUCGAGGAGGAAGAGGAGGAGGGGGACGUGGAGGAAGAAAUUUUAUUAAAAAUCUCCGCCAUCAGGGGCAUUGCAAGGAACUGGAGAAUAUCCGAGCUCGGGCUCGAGAUAAGCGGGAGGUGAAAGCAACCCAGCGGUUAGAGUUCAUGAAGAACAGACAGGAACAGAAGAUAUUAAAGGAGAAGAGCAUUAAGGACGAAGAGGAUGGAUCCGAGGAGAAGGUUGAAAUGACGGAGAAGGAUGAAACUGAUGAGGGACGGAUGAAUGAGAAGGAUGAGAAUGAUGAGGAGAGUGUGAGUGAGGAUGAGGAAUGGAAUGGAGGACUGUUCAUGUUUCCAGGGACAAGUGGGUUAAGAGACAGAGUUCCAAAUAAGGAAACUAUACUGAAGGAUGAAGAAGAAGAUGAGGAGGGGGAUAAAGAGGAAUUGAACUUUCAUAUUAGUGAUGAUGAGGAUAUGAUUGAAAACAGUCGAGAAAUCCCUCCAGAUAUUCGAGAAAUUUUAGACAAACCAGUGCCCACGAAACCUGAUAAACGAGAGACUAUCGAAGAUCGUCUAACGGACGAAAGUGAUGACGACGGGCCACCGUUAGAAGAAAAAAUUUGCAAAUAUGCCGACGACAUACAUCCAGAAACUGCUCUUGCGGAAACUACGCAAAGAGAUAAACCAGAAAAUCCUCCAACAGAUAUUUCAAGUUCGAACAUUUCCGGAAUUUCGGAAUACAGUGCUAGAAAACGGAAACGAAAGCACAAGGAGGAGAAAGUCCCGGAACGUAAACGACCGACUGACGUUUUCUCGCGUCCGAUUCGUCCGCCCACCCUCCUUGAAAAGCUACUGUUGGACGAAAUAAAACGAGAGAGAAAUACUAUAUUACAAUGUGUCCGGUUUGUGUGCAGCAAUGAUUUUUUACAGAAAUAAUAUUUUCAGA